ACAUACACAAAUACAUAAUAACUUUAUUUUGAUUCAAAUUUACAGGGUCAGCUAAUUAAAAAAAGCUAAUAUUUUCAAGGAUAAUAAACAUUGCAAAUAUAAAAACAAAAAGUACUAACUACUAACAAUAAUUAAUUUUGGCUACCUUAUAUAUAUAAAAUGAAUAAUUAGUGUAGUAAUCAGCUAUUAUACCUGAAACGAGACUGUUUUUAUGAGGUGUUUAAAACCAGUUAAAGUAGGUUCCACUCUAAAGUUCUCAGGUAGAGAGUUCCAAAUUUUGGAAGCAAAAUACUUAAAAGAGUGAAGACCAUAAGGAGUGAAAUUUUGGAGGAAAGAUGCAAAUGGAUAAUUAAAUUCCUGAGAAGACUAAAAGAAGGUCAUAAACGGUGUUUUGACUUUAAAAACUUGAAUUUAGUGAUAAAACGAAUGUGCAUGUGUAAUCAACUGCAAAUUUCUAAUGACAAUUCAGUCUGUGCAACUUUAUUUUAAAGUGUGAAGGUUAAAUAAUAUGUGGAAAAUUAAUUGGAAACCAUAGGUUACAUUUAGUUCAGUUAGAAUUCUACUAAAACAAUUAGAUUACUUGCUCUUGAAUUCUAUGCAGUGAUAGUUGAUUAGGCCUUAAAUCAGCCUCAUCCACUGUCACCUCAUAGAAAUCUCGAACUCCUAAUCUAAUUGUUAAAGAGCUGCAUAUAAUUAACAAUUAUUCUUUGAAAUUGACGUGAAUAGUGGCACAACAUUUACCAAGCUGCGAAGUGCACGGCGAGGUAAAUGAGUACAUGUAAGAAUCAAGCCACUGUAGUAGUGUCAAGUAAGGAUCACGCAUUAAUAGUUUUCUAUAUUUUGGGGGCAUUUGUAGUAAAACAAUAUCCUACUAAACCUGCAGUGAUUGUUGGAUCUGAAUGGUUAUAGCAAACUUGGCACUAUGCACCCAGCUUGUGGGAGCUGCUAUUUAUUAUCUCAUAUCCAAAGUGCAUUCAUGGAAUAAUUGUUUAUUAGUUAGACAUAGCGAACCAAUCAGAUUGUUUGAAAUGCCAAGAGUGUGUUAUAUACUAAUGAUGAUGAUAGUAAUGUAUGCAUUCUUCAUGAGUGUGUGAUUUAUGCGACAUGCAGGUCCUCCCAAAGUACAUGUAUCUGGAGGUAAAAGGACAAAGACACAAACAAAAAUAUCCACUCAAGCUAAAACAAUGAAAGCUACAGCUAGGACAACUGUUAGCAAGAAGGGAAUCACUCAAGCUACAGUGAGCAAACAGAAGAGCGGAGCUACAGCUCGGACGACUGUUAGCAAGAAGGGAAACACUCAAGCUACAGUGAGGAAACUAAUGAGUGGAGGUUGGACGACUGUUAGCAAGAAGGGUACCACUCAAGCUACAGUGAGGAAACAAAUGAGCGGAGUUUCUCACGAAACAGGUACCAAGACACCACCAGCCAAGGCAGCAAGACCAGAGAAAAAAGGUGAAGGUGACUGGUAUUUGUAUGACUUCUUUAUGCUGUACAGUUUUAAAGUUAAACCCACUGUCCCUUCUGUGGGCCAAAUUCGAAGAGUACUGGCAGAUAGAGACCAAGGCCAUUCAGUAUAAGAGAAUGAGAGCGUUAAAAGAUUAGACUCUAUCACAAAGCAGCUGUAUGGGAAUGCAAUUGUUUCUUUUUUCGAUGAU